CUUUUUUCUCUUUCUUCCCUCACAUCUAGCAAAACUGUACAAUCUAAAGUGGACUGCAUUUUGCAAGAAGUUGAGAAGUUUACAGACCUAGAGAAACUCUACCUCUACCUUCAGCUGCCUUCGGGUCCCAACAAUGGAGACAAAAGCGAUCAGCUCUCCAUGUCCUCCAGCCGUGCCCAGCAGAUGCACGCCUUCUCCUGGAUACGCAACACCCUGGAAGAGCACCCCGAGACUUCCCUUCCCAAGCAGGAGGUGUACGAUGAGUACAAGAGCUAUUGUGACAAUCUUGGCUACCACCCAUUAAGUGCUGCCGACUUUGGAAAGAUCAUGAAAAAUGUCUUUCCAAAUAUGAAGGCCCGUCGUCUAGGCACAAGAGGCAAAUCAAAAUAUUGCUACAGUGGACUGAGGAAGAAGGCUUUUGUGCAUAUGCCAACACUGCCCAACCUCGACUUUCACAAAACUGGAGAUGGGUUGGAUGGAGCAGAGCCAUCGGGGCAGCUGCAAAGUGCUGAUGAGGAGGUCGUCUCUGCAGCCUGCCGCCUUGUUUGUGAAUGGGCCCAGAAAGUGCUGAGCCAGCCUUUUGAUACAGUCUUGGAAUUGGCUCGUUUCCUUGUCAAAAGUCACUAUAUUGGUACCAAGUCAAUGGCAGCUUUAACAGUGAUGGCAGGGGCACCAGCAGGAAUAAAAGGGAUCCCCCAGCCCUCAGCUUUUAUACCUACUGCUGAAAGUAAUUCUUUUCAACCACAAGUGAAAACUCUGCCAUCUCCUGUUGAUGCUAAGCAGCAGCUGCAGCGUAAGAUCCAGAAGAAGCAGCAAGAACAGAAACUGCAGUCUCCUUUGCCAGGAGAGUCUCCAGUAAAGAAAACAGAAGGCACUGCAACCAAUGGUGUGACCAGUAUAUCUAAUGGAAGUCCUGCCAUUCUGUCCCCUCCACCUAUUGGCAUUGUUGUGGCUGCUGUCCCCAGCCCCAUACCGGUGCCAAGGACUAGGCAGUUGGUGACAUCUCCAAGUCCCAUGGGAUCGUCUGAGAGCAAGGUCCUGCCGCUCAAUGUUCAGGUGGUCACUCAGCACAUGCAAUCAGUCAAGCAGCCGCCAAAGACUCCCCAGAACGUUCCCGCCAGCCCCGUUGGUGACCGCUCUGCCCGGCAUCGCUACCCGCAGAUCCUACCCAAGCCAGCAAACACCAGUGCUCUCACCAUCCGCUCUCCCACCACGGUGCUAUUCACCAGUAGCCCAAUCAAGACUGUUGUGCCAGCUCCACAUGUGAAUUCCUUAAAUGUGGUAAAAAUGACAGCAAUAUCUCUUGCCCCGAGCAGCAGUAGUGUGCCCAUCAAACAGACGCCUUCAGUGAGCACUAGUGCAGGAGCAGUGGAAGAAGGGAGGACUGGUCCACAGAUCAAAAAUGGAUCUGUUGUUUCACUUCAGUCUCCAGGAUCUAAGCCUAGCACUGCCGUCGCUACGCCUGCAGUCAAGAUCAAAACGGAACCAGAAGCAUUGCUGGAUGAGAACUCUGCACAGGGCCAAGAGAGCUCUGACAUGUCUAAAUCCAUAAAGGCAACCCCUGACCUGCCUCCUGCACAGCUAAUUAAUUUUGAGGUUGCAGCCUUGAAGGUUUCAACGGAUGAUGUCAUGGAGCUAAAACCAGGUAAGGGCUGUGAUCAGGAAGCUGAAGAAGCAGGGACCAAAUAUAAGACACAGUCUGAUGAAAUCACACCAGUUUCUUCAGCAGGCAAUAAUCAAAACACUCUUAAGAUCACAGUUGCCAGUCAAAACUUGUCCAGCACCAGCAUCAAUUCACCUCCUACUGGUGAGUCUAUGAUUAAAGACAAAACAUGCACUAAAAGUCCAAGAAAGCGACAACCUUCCACACUUCAGGAUUCCCAGUUACCACCUGUAAAGAAACCACUAGUGGAGCAGUUUGCAGCUGGUAAUGCUGUGGAGAGUCAAAAAGCUAACAAUGUUAAGAAGGCUCUGAAGGUUGGAUCAUUAGCUAACAGUGACAAUACAGCAACACUUGCUCAAGUUCCCAGCAAGGUACUGGUGACCGUACCUGUACCUUCUACAGCUGCUGCAAACUUAACAACAGACCUUUCUUUGAGCACCAAUUUAAAUACCUGUGAUCCUGCUUUAGAACAGCAGCUUGCAUCAGCAUCAUCUCCAGAUAUAAAGGUAAAAUUGGAAGGAAACUUGUUUAUCAUAGAAAAUGAUUCAAAAUCUGAUGGCAGCUUUAACCCAAAUACAUGGCACCAUAUCACCAAAACCUCUGACUUUGCAUCUGUGAAUUGUGAUCAACAGCAAGAUAUCAGUGUUAUGACUAUUGCUGGGCACUCUGGCUCUAGUGACUUACAGGAAUCCGCGUGGGAGCCGGUGCACUGUGAAGGUAUACAGCAGGAUGUGUACAGCCAGCAGCUACAGAGCCAGAUCCAGGACUCCUUGGAUCAAAUACAAGCACAGUCUUCAAAUCAGUUACCUCUGCAGUCUGAGCUGAAAGAGUUUGAGCAUACAGUCCCUCAGUCAAAUGAAAACUUCUUUUCAUUUGAUGACGACCUGACCCAGGACAGCAUUGUGGAGGAGCUGGUGCUCAUGGAGGAACAAAUGUCCAUGAAUAACUCCCAUCCUUAUGGUGGUUGUCUGGGAAUGACACUUCAGACUCAGGCUGCAGCUCAAGGAGCUCCUGUGUCAUCUCAUCCAAGCAGCACGCACUUUUACCAUUCGAUCCACAACAACAGCACUCCAAUACACACUCCCACCCCCCCCCCCACCCCGACUCCCACCCCCACCCCGACUCCAACACCCACCUCUGAAAUGAUUGCUGGAUCUCAGAACAUGUCGAGAGAGAGCCCUUGUUCAAGGCUGGCUCAGACGACUCCUGUAGACAGCGCCCUAGGAAGCAGCCGGCACACGCCCAUUGGCACACCCCAUUCCAACUGCAGCAGUAGUGUCCCUCCAAGUCCUGUGGAAUGCCGAAACCCGUUUGCAUUUACUCCCAUCAGCUCUAGUAUGGCUUACCACGAUGCCAGCAUCAUAUCAAGUAGCCCUGUGAAGCCAAUGCAGCGGCCUAUGGCUACCCAUCCUGACAAAACCAAGCUUGAGUGGAUGAAUAAUGGCUACAGUGGGGUUAGUAAUUCCUCAGUUGCAAAUCAUGGCAUCCUUACAAGCUACCAGGAGCUGGUGGAAGAUCGCUUCAGGAAACCUCACGCUUUUGCAGUUCCCGGCCAGUCAUACCAGUCUCAGCCGCGCCACCACGACACUCACUUCGGCCGCGUGACUCCUGUUUCACCUGUGCAGCACCAGGCAGCCCCUGUCAGUAGCACUACCAAGCAGGAGGGCUUUGCUGUUCCUGCUCCUUUGGACAACAAAGGAACUGGUUCAUCUCUCAACAACAGUCUGAGAUGCCGGAGUGUGAGCCCUGCUGUCCAUCGCCAGCGUAAUCUCAGUGGAAGCACUGUUUACCCUGUGUCAAAUAUACCACGCUCUAAUCUGACACCUUUUGGGAGUCCAGUGACUCCCGAAGUUCACAAUGUAUUUGCUAAUAUCCAUGCAGACACCAGUGCCAAUAACAUAGCACAGAGAAGCCAGUCAGUCCCCUUGACUGUGAUGAUGCAGACGGCCUUCCCAUCUCUUCAGAAACAAACAAACACUAAAAAAAUAACCAAUGUGUUGUUAAACAAACUUGAUUCUGAUAGUGAUGAUGCAGUGAGAGGUUUGGGAAUGAACAACAUGCCCUCAAAUUACACAGCCAGGAUGAAUCUCACUCAGAUUUUGGAGACAUCCACUGCUUUUCCUAGUGCCAACCCACAAAGUAUGAUCAAUUCCAGCACUUCAGUUUAUGAAUUCCAAACACCAAAUUACCUCACAAAAAAUAGCAGCACCGAUCAGAUCAGUUUUUCUUCUGGAGAUAACCAAGCACAAUCAGACAUCGGAGAGCAGCAAUUAGAUUUUAGCAGCACUGUAAAAGACCUUUUAGGGGAGGACAGUCUGCCAACAAACCAGCAGCUGGUGAAUCAGGUGGCAUCAGAUCUCAAUAACGUUGCAUCUGUCUUUCCCAGCGACAUCAGGUUGUCUUCCGAGCUCUCAGGCAGCAUUAACGAUCUGAACACUUUAGACACAAAUCUACUGUUUGAUCCAGGUCGUCAGCAGGGACAAGAUGAUGAUGCUACACUGGAGGAAUUAAAAAAUGACCCCUUGUUUCAACAAAUCUGCAAUGAAUCCAUUAACUCAAUGACUGCAUCAGGUUUUGAGUGGAUGGAGAGUAAGGAUCAUCCUGCUGUUGAAAUGUUGGGUUAAUCUUGUUUUAUAAUAUGUAUGUAGCACACUGUAUCUAACAGACAGACGUAUUGUAUUUGUCUUAAUGGAAGUGCCUCCCGCAGCAGAAACACUUGCUAUGUAUUGUGGCAUUUUUAAAAGAAGUUUGCUGUACCUGUUGCUCAUUCUUCAGUAAGUAAAAGGCAGUCUUACCAAUUUUAAGCAAAUCUCUGAAGGUGAUGGGCUAUCAAAGAGCCAGUAUUAAAAUUUGAAAUUUGGAGUGUUUCCCAUUCAACAUUUCUUGUUUUAGCAAAUAAAGAAGUGGUUAAUGGCAGCCAGUAAUAACAGCUAUGGUUGAUGCUUUGGGAGGGUUUUAAUUCAAGCUCGUUAGUAAGCUUUCCGUACUUUGUAUUGGUUGUUACUUCUUAGUAGGUGAUCUUUACUUUGUCAUCCAGGUUUGAAAUGCAGGGUGCCUGCAGGUAGGUGAGGUGGUGGAGAGUGGGUACAAGUGGACCAGGUGACAUGCAGAUGCCUGAUCAUUGUGUAGCUGUCUGGAGCACUGCUCGAGGGUGAACUUUGGGAAAUCUCUGUAGCACUGGUGCCAUUGGCAUCUCCAGUAAAAUGCAGAGAUGGGAAAAGCUAACAGGAAUGAUCAAGGAAAAAGAUGCACUAAAUUUUUUUAUUUAAGGGAAAUAAAUCUAUGUAGUUAUUUUAUCCAUUAAUAUUCAUGACAUAUUUGAUAUUUUAGUUCUCAUGUUAAUGUUUUUAUAUUAGAUAAAAUUAAUGCAAAAAGAUUUUGAGCACUGAGAUUUAAUCUAGGCAUAACCCCCUAUUUUAAAGUGAUAGGUACUGUUUAUCAAUGCUAGAGAAGGAACAUGAUAUUUUCCCUCCUUUUUUCCUUUUUAAAUAGAGAGCUGCUGGAGCUCAUUAAAAUACUGUUUCUAAACGUUACUCUUUUUUUUAAGUUUGCUCUUUCCUAACCCAGUGGAGGGUGUAGGAAGAUGUUAUUUUCUCUCUAUUUCAGUAGGUUGAGCUUUUCUGUCUUUCUUGCUCAUUCUCUUUCUCUCAAACAAAAGAUUAUUAAAAUAUUAGAAAAUGUGGUUAAUCUAAAAAUAUUUCAUGUAGAGCCAUAAUACUGCCAGGCACUUUACAGAUACACGAUAAGACCCAUGAUCUUUCUUUUGGUAAAACUUCUUUUAAAAGAAGUCCUUACUGUUUUGGAAGCCUGAAUUCUGUUUUCAAAAGUGAUUUGACAGGGUCAAUGAAUCUUAUUUUUUUAUUAUUUUUUUUUAAAGACAAAGUGCUGCCCCUCUGGAAAAUGAGAAUUAGACUUCUGUCCCACUGGUUCAGUCAAACCAAAAAGACCUUUUGUUUUAUCAGCAUGGCAUACAUGGAUCUGUAGUGGUCAAAAGAGAGAGGUAUUUACCCAGCUAUGGCCUUGAUGCUAGAAAGAGGACUUGCAGAAGCAGGUUUUUACAAAAGAAGUGGUGCACUGAGUAUGCUACAAUACUAUCCCUUAAGCCUAGUAUAAAAUGGAUUACUUUUUCCUGUGACUUGACACAAAGCAGAAAAUAGAGAAGGAAAUAUUUUCUUCUUUUGCAUUUCUUUGAUGAAUGGUCAUGAAGUUUAUGAAGGGGGAGAUUCAGUAAACCCCACUAAGAUUUCUCUAAGGGGAAGAUGCUGAGAUUUUUCAUGUGAUUUGUGUUUUUCUUUAAGUGUCUUGGUGGUCUCCUGUUUCUUCAGUUUUUGAAAAUGACUCGAGAUCCCAGUACUGGUCAAUUUUUUUUGGCAGUGCUGAUUCAACUUGUGCUGCUGCAUUGGCACUGAAGGUGCUGGUAUAUCAUGGCUUCUCUUGCCCUUGCCCCAAUUCAUCACUAGUUUAUGGCUUCUUCUGCAGGGACAAACAGUUGUGCCAAGCUGUAGCACCUUAGGGGGGCCUGAUUUCACUGUGCUUGCAUCAGAAGAUUUGCCACUUCAUCAGGAACAAACCUGGAGAGUUCUGAUCCCUCCUUGAAGCACAAGGGUGUUGCGAUAAUGUAGUUUGCUUUAAGACCAAGUGACUCUUCCAAGGCAAUGGGGAGGAGACAAAGAUGGAUAGUGACCUUCUGCCUGUUGUCCUGCCAGGUGUCUGUCAGUAAGACUUGAACCAUUUUUCUUGUAGACUAAAGUUGCUGAAGGCAGGGCUUGGAUUCUGUAAUUGCCCAUGGCCUUUUGACAGAGAUGUGCUGAACAUCCUCUCACCCUGGUGAGAGGAUGGGUCUGAGAGACACUCAGCACCUUUUUAUUUCUGUUUUCUGACCCUGUGUGAAGUGCCAGCACUACUGUGAAUAGGUGAAACCUGUUUUGAAUGGAGCGGGGAGGGUCCCUUCCAACUCGGCGGUUGUGUGA